GCGUGCGUAAUCUCGAGAUAAUGAGCGUCUAAAGAUUCCUUUAGUCACCUUUGUUAUCAUUGAUAAAGUCCUAUAAAGCAUUUCAAGAACCCCAUUUUUUCACACCUGACACAGAAACUACCGCAGAAGCUGACGGUCGGAACAAAUGAUGUUGAAGUGGAUUUUUACAACCUUCUUGAUCGUGGCGCAAGUUCAGAAGCUUUCGUCGCAACCUACAGGCCAAGUGUGCGACACUCGCAAAACAACAGAUGGCAACUGUUGUGUGUUUCCUUUCACUUAUCAUGGCGAGCUUUUCUAUGAAUGCACGACACGAGACUUUGACGGGAGGGAGUGGUGCUCUCUGAAGGAAGAUUAUGCACCAAACAGCUGGGGAUUUUGUGCAAACCAGACGACAAAGCCUGUCUUUGAUGCGAUCCUUGAAGCAACAGGAGAUAAUGGCAAGACAACAGAUGGAGUCGACGUGUUUCAAGGUGACAUUGUUAUGACGCCAGAUAUACGCAACAGCCUGAAUAGCCGAGGGAUCCUGGUGCCUGGUGAUGAUCCGAGUCGUUUUCUUCCUCAGGGGUGGGGUAAGCAGCCUCAGAGGAGAUCUAAGAGGGCCCUGAUGAAGGUAUCCAGAGGUAGUGACUUGAGAUGGCCCAUUGGGAGAAGUGGAAAGCGAGAAGUGCCCUAUGAAAUUACCUCUAGUAACAGUAACGAGAGACCAGUCAUUCUGCGCGCACUCAACCAUUGGAUGGAGAGAGUCAAGUGCCUGAAAUUCGUUCCCAGAAACCGUCACAGCCGUUAUCUCAGCUUCUUCUCCGGUGGAGGGUGUUAUUCUAUGGUGGGUCGUCAGCCUGGCUCGGGCCCACAGAAGGUCUCAAUAGGAAGGGGCUGUGGGUAUUUGGGUGUCGUCGUACACGAAGUAGGCCAUGCGCUCGGGCUCUGGCACGAGCAAUCCCGUCCCGAUAGAGAUUCCUACGUCACCAUCAACUGGGGAAACAUCCAAAGAGGAAUGGCGUACAACUUUCACAAGUACGGAACCAAUCGUGUCGACAGUCUUGGUGUUUCUUAUGACUACGACAGCGUUAUGCAUUACUCCUCCACUGCUUUCGCCAACCGAGCGGGGGUAAGAACUAUAGUAGGCAAGAACGGCCGUACUAACCUUGGACAGCGGUAUGGUUUGAGUAAGAAGGACAUUGAGCAAGCGAAUCUAUUAUAUUGCGGACGACAACCACCAGUCACCAAGCCCCCUCCAAAGCCCCAAACUCCUCGUCCACCAGGUUGUUCGUACACUGAUCAAAACAGUUACUGCUCAUUUUGGAAGAGUCAAGGCUAUUGUAGUAACCCACAGUACUCAAGCUACAUGAAUCAGAAAUGUCAGAAAAGUUGCAACUGCAACGAACCCGUUGUCUGUCAAGACAAGCACAAAUACUGCGCUGGCUGGGCCAGGACACCGGGAACCUGUAGACGUUACGAACGCUACAUGAAUAUCUACUGCAAGAAGAGCUGUGGAAAGUGUUAACCGAUCCAGUUCAAUAGCUUUUUCUGAGAAUCGAAAGCCAUAGAUGAAUAUACCAUAAGCUCCCUAAUAAGACUUUUAAAAACAGUUACACCAAUCGCUCCUGAAAAGAAUCCUUUUUUAAUCCAUAGCUAACUUUUGGACGCUUAUUUACAAGGAUUUUAGUUGCCACAUUAAUUAAAUCGAAAAUACUGAGAUUGUACUGUGUAUUAGCUUGUAUAUUUUAGCAAAAACUCAACAUUGGGCUAAACUGCUGUCAAGACUUUUUUUUUU